AUGGCGGCGCGCGCGCGCGCGAGCGACGCGAACGCGGACGCGGACGCGAACGGCGAGGCCGUUUGGCUCGAGCGCGUCGUCGCGCGCGGCGUGCGACGCGCGCGCGACGCGAGCGGACGCGCGCGCGAGCCGAGACUGCGGGACGUGUGCGCGGCGGUGGACGAGGAGGUCAGGCGGGCGCGAGGGGCGGACGCGGCGGCGCGAGGGCGCGCGAGGGCGAUGGCGUUCGCGCUCGGGCUGGACGUCGAGACGACGUGGGAGGAAAAGGCGGCGGCGUUGGAGCGCGGCGCGGCGCGGGGGGAGGCGAGGGGGGCGGGCGAAUCGGCGACGACGCGCGAGAUGAGCUCGAUCGAGGCGCUGGUGGCGGUGGACGACGAGGCGUAUUUGGAGACGACGGUGGGCGACGGCGCGCGAGUCGCGACGCCGACGGGAGCGGAUUCGGAAGGCGCCACGCUCGACGACGACGAGAGCGAGCUCAUCGCUCGAGCGUUGUGCGAAAUGAACGCCAUUAAGCGCGCGUUCGCGGCGUGGAGACGCGAGGCGGUGAAGGAAAAGUAUCGGCGAGCGAGAGAACGCGAAAUCGAGUCGUUGUGCGCUUUCUCCACCGGCCGCCGCGCGCGCAAGAUGGCUCUGGCGGCGAUUGGCGCGUGGCGCACGAAUGCGCGCAAACGUGUGCGAUUGCGCGCGUUCGCGGCGAAGCGCGCUCGACGCGAGCUCGCGACCACGGGCCGAGCGGUCGCUCGCGCGUGGGCGCGAAUCGCGCGAGACGACGCGGCGAGACGACUCGAAGCCUUCAGGCAGACUCAAACGCGACGAAACCGUCGAGCGAUGCUCGCGGCGUUUAACGCGUGGCGUUCGCGCGCGAGAGCGCGCGUUGCGCGCGAGAGCGCGGACGUGUGGCGACGAAUCAAACUCGAGUCGACGGCGCUGGAUACUUGGUCUGCGGUCGCGCGGGCGUGGAAAUCUGAGCGACGCGCGAUCGAUGCCGCACGUCUCGCUCGCCAGCGCUACGUCAAACGGUCGGUCACGCGUGUGUGGCGUGUAAGAGUCAUUCACGCCGAACGUCGCGCCGAACGUGCCGUCGUCGCGGUAAAAUUUUCGCGUUGGCGUCGACGAGUGCGAGACGAGAGACGAGAGCGCGAGCGCAUGCGAUUCGCUUCAAGCUACGACGACGCGCGUGUCACGGUCGGCGCCUUUGCGCGGUGGUGUGCGGUCGUCUGGGCCGCGAAAGAGCACCGAGCCGAGCUGGCGCGUGCGGCAAAAUUUCAUCGCCUGUCGCUCGCGGCGAGCGCGUUUUACGCCUGGCGAGCGGCGACGAGUCAAGCGAAACGAGAGAACAGGUCACUAAAAACACGCGUAUUCGCGCAUUGGAGAUCAAUGAAGGAACACGCGUCACAACUGAACGCGCGCGCGACGUUUUACCGCGAUUCACAAGCGAUCACGUUCAGCGACAAGUAUCUGGACGCGAAUUGCUUUGCGAUGUGGCGCUCCUUCGUCUUCGCGCAGCGACGACGAUACGCCGCAAUGGAACUCGCAGAUACGUGGCGCGUGAAACGCGCAUUCGCGCCGUGGCGCGCUCGCAUCGGCGCGGCGCAUUUCAGCGACGACGUCGAAAACACCGCGCCCCCCGUCGCCGUCGGCGAAAUCGAGUGGCAACGUUUUUAA